AUGUUUCCUCUGAGCGUGUUCACCGCCCAAACUGCAGGUGGCGCUGCAGGCCGCCCUGCUAUCUGCCUGCUCUUAGGUCCACGUCAUUCAGCAGCUCUUUCAUUCAGCUUGUGCCACGACGCUCACCGCUUUGCUCCUAGAGAAACACUGAAGUCUGAAGCUUCCUCCGGUCUGGCCGCCAUGCUCCGGGUGUUUGUGCUGCUGGCUGUCCUUGCGCUGGGUGCUGGAGAGGAGGGCGCGCGGCUCCUGGCUUCCAAGUCGCUGCUGAACCGCUACGCGGUGGAGGGCCGAGACCUCACCCUGCAGUACAACAUCUACAAUGUGGGCUCCAGUGCUGCCCUGGAGGUGGAGCUUUCUGAUGACUCCUUUCCUCCCGAGGACUUUGGGAUUGUAUCGGGGAUGCUGAAUGUGAAGUGGGACAGGAUUGCUCCAGCGAGCAACGUGUCUCAUACGGUGGUGUUGCGCCCCCUGAAGGCCGGGUACUUUAACUUCACCUCUGCCUCCGUCAGCUACGUGGCCCAGGAAGGAGGGCAGGUUGUGGUGGGCUACACCAGCGCCCCCGGCCAGGGCGGCAUCCUGGCUCAGAGGGAGUUUGACCGGCGCUUCUCCCCACAUUAUCUGGACUGGGCUGCGUUUGGGGUGAUGACUCUGCCUUCCAUCGGGAUUCCUCUGCUCCUCUGGUACUCCAGUAAGAGGAAAUAUGACUCUCCAAAAACCAAGAAGAACUAAGGACUGGUUCCCGGGGGGUGGGGGGGGACUCGAAGUAAAGGUGGUGAUGGACAGUUACCAGGAAAAAACGAUCCGAGGAGUGGAAAUACGUCUACGGUUAGAUGGUCUGGAUGGAAGAACUUGGGUUUCUACUUUUCCACUGAUGUAAAAUCAUGUAAUUGUUAUGAAUUUAAUGUAAUAAUUCUGUUCAAUUACAAUAAUUUGUUUUUUUUUUAUCUUCCGUUUCCGUUUACUGGAACAACAAAAUAAGAGACUUUAAUUUUUGCAGGAUCACAGUCGGAUGUCAGAGCUGCUGGCUUUCUUUCCUGCAGCUUUUAGUGAGAAACGAUGCAAACGCUGGAAGGAUCAUUUAUGGUCCUGAAGGCUCAGGCAGGCAGAGGCCUGCUGGAUUUAGUUUAUUCUGAAAGAUGGGGGAAUAACGCUUUUCUUUUUUUUUUUAAACUUUAACAAAUAAACUGAUAAUUGGA